AUGCCUUCUGCUGGGCUUCCUACCAAAACCCAAAUUCUCGUCGUCGGCGGUGGGCCUGCCGGAAGCUAUGCUGCCGCUGCUCUCGCCCGAGAGGGAUUUGACGUCGUACUCUUCGAAAUGGCACAGUUCCCUCGCUAUCACAUAGGCGAAUCCCUCAUCCCCUCCGCACGCCAUUAUCUGCGCUUCAUCGAUGCAGAACAUAAAAUUGCUGCUCACGGGUUUACUCGCAAGCCAGGCUCCGCGAUUAAAUUCAAUCAGUAUAUGCGUGAAGGGUAUACAGACUUCGUCGCACUUGGUGCAGAUAACAACGCCUGGAACGUCAAUCGCAAGUUCAACGAGACGCUCAAGAAUGUCGCUGUCUGGGGGUAUUGGCGGUGCACGGGGAUGUAUGGACAGGGUACAGACAGAGAGAACGCACCCUGGUUCGAGGCACUGAGCGACGAGUCAGGGUGGGCGUGGUUCAUCCCACUGCACAAGGGCCUUACGUCUGUCGGCAUCGUCAUGGACCAGAAACAGCUCGGGCUGCGCUCGCGCGCGUCAUCCUCCGCCGGCACGUCGACCUCUCCGCCCGCCGGCAUGCGCCACCGCUCGCUCUCGAUUCGCACAUCGUCUACUCUCGCGGAGCGCUACCUCGGGAUGCUCCCGCUCGCGCCGGGCGUGGUGGAGCUCAUUGGCGACGGCGAGCUGGUGAGCGUGAGCGAGGAAGGCAUGGACGAGGAGGGCCCGGCGGUAAAGAGCGCGAGCGAUUACAGCUACUCGGCAGAUACGUAUGCGGGCCCCGGGUGGCGGGUCAUUGGGGAUGCUGGCGCGUUCAUCGACCCGUUUUUCUCGUCGGGUGUGCACCUCGCGUUUACGGGGGCGCUCUCGGCCGCAGCAUCGAUUGCGGCGUCCUUGCGGGGCGACUGUAGUGAGUCGGAGGCGGCGCUCUGGCACAGCAGCCGUGUGGCGAUUUCGUAUACUAGAUUCCUCGUCGUUGUGCUCAGUGCAUACAAGCAGAUCCGGGCGCAGUCUGCGCCUGUACUCGCCGACGUUGACGAAGACAACUUCGACAAGGCAUUUGCGUGUCUUCGACCAGUCAUCCAAGGCGGGGCAGAGAUGGGCGCGCGUUUGUCUGAGGACGAGCUGCAGCGCGCGCUCGACUUCUGUGUACAUCUUUUCAGUCCGACUACGCCUGAACAGCACGACUCCGUCCGGAAAAAGCUGCAGGCCCUUGGUCUUACCGCAGACCACGACGACGGCACUGCCACGCGGCACGGCGACCCCAAGGGCGCUGACGCUAUGGACGUCCGCGCCCCCGUCAUCAGCCCCGCGAAGCUGGACCAGCUCGCGCGCCGAUACGCGUCGCCGUCAACGACUGCGGCUGCAAAAGCAGACAACUUAGAAGUGAAGAUGGUGCUAGAGAAGGUGAACGCGCGCCGGGUCAUACAUGCGGAGCACGGCAACGGGCUGAACAGUCUGGAGGAGGAGGCGGUGGAGGGGUUUGUGGUGCGGUUGCAGACGGGGCAGUUGGGGCUGGUUAAAAAUUGUGUAACACUGGCAUUGUAA